AGGCUGGUCCGGAAAACCCCCACAGGCUGACGAAAAGUUUAUCAGUUAGCUCAUUUCAAUAAUCCCGCUCAUCGUCACGAAUGUUACCCCAACUAGCUAGAAGAGAUUAGCAGACCCCACAAAGUGGAUGUUGCACGACGUCGCGGACGCCGUCGCCAACACCCGCGUAAACCUCUCUCACCUUGGCAAAGCCCAGUAUCUACCAGACUGAGGUUCUCAGCACCGGUAAGCGAGUAGGAAGAACCAUGAUUAGCUAAAAUGAGGUAAAGCAAGAAGUUGGCAGAGCGUCAGCGAGGCCUCUCUCCAAUCGCCGCCAACUUGUUUAUAACGCGGCAGCGGCCCGGCCGCCGUAAGAAUUGAAUGGCUUCCUCCGUUCCCCAGUUCUCGGCCCGUUCUUCACUGCCGGCAAUCAUACCCUCACUUUGGUCUUUCCUGGCUAGCUGCAGCUCUAUUCAAUUACUAGCUUCAUCACCAGUAUCGUUAACAUGAAGACCUCUAUGAACCCCAUCGUUGCCUCGCUCGGGCUGGCCAUCGCCCGUGGCGUCGCGAAUGCCGCUCCGUCGGUCUACGCCUCCAACCACACUGCCGGUCCCGAGUUGAAGCACUGGCCGGCCGAGGCGGCCAAGGCCCUCAACACCAUGAUCGCCGCCAACGCCAACCAGAGCCAAUACGCCGUCUUUGAUAUGGACAACACCAGCUACCGCUACGAUCUCGAGGAGUCGCUGCUGCCGUACCUCGAGAGCAUUGGUGUCCUCACCCGCGACACCAUGGACCCAAUCCUGAAGCUCAUCCCGUUCAAGGACACGGCAAACCACACCGAGACGUUGUACAGCUACUACCUUCGUCUGUGCGACAUCGACGAUAAUGUUUGCUAUCCGUGGGCUGCUCAGAUCUGGAGCGAUAUUCCCUUGAGGGAGCUUAAGGGGCACGUGGACGAUCUCAUGGCCCUGAACCGUACCAUCCCGACCACGUACUACGAGGGCGACGUUAUCACCCCUACCGAGAUCAACCCUCCCAAGAUCUUUACCGGCCAGGUUGAGCUCUACAACAAGCUGAUGAACAACGGCAUCGAGGUCUACGUCAUUACUGCCUCUGCUGAAGAGCUGGUCCGCAUGGUCGCUGCUGACCCCAAGUACGGCUACAACGUCAAGCCCGAGAACAUCAUCGGUGUCACCAGCCUCAUGAAGAACCUGACUUCCGGGGACCUCACUACUAGCCGCAAGCAGAUCGAUGACGGCACCUACGAUGAGGAGGCCAACCUCGACCUCGUGAUCACUCCCUACCUCUGGGCUCCUGCUACCUGGAAGCAGGGCAAGUGGGCGGCUAUCCUCACUUACAUCAACGAGUGGCAGGGACCUAUCCUGGCUGGUGGUGAUACUCCUGCCAGUGACGGCCCCAUGAUCUUCCACGGCGUUAACGUUGCCAGGGGCGGUGUCCACCUCUGGAUCAACCGCAAAGACAGCGUCAUGGCGACCAUGAACGAGAUGAUUGUGAACAACACUGCUGCCCAGAAGGCAAACAACCUUCCCGUCACCGCGGACAAGAACUGGGUUAUUGUUACCCCCACCGAGAUUCAGUAAAUUUGGGAACAAAAGAUAGAUGCAGCCGCAAAGGCGUAACAGAAAUAGAUGAUCAAUGUAAUGUUUUAUCAUGCCCA